AAGAUACCAGUGGACAAGUGAGAAGCACGUGAGGGCCAAGCGUGGAGCCGAGAGCAGGAUAUCACGCCACGACGCUCUUAACAAAUAUGAGGGGCAUUUUCGGCAUCCUAAAAAAUCGAUAUUUCAGGCCAGCCUCUUCAUCUGGCUCUCUCAUUCUUCGAGCCACGCUGAUAACUCAUUAGCAAAACCCUAAAAUCGCCAUUUUUCUUUUUUGUCUCCUGGUUCUCGGAAUCUCUGGCCACCGUUUUGUUUUCGUUCUCUGAACACAUAUUCUGUGAAAAGCGUUUUAAUUUGACGUUUCCGUAUGCUUUUCAUGUUUCUUUUGUUUUAGAUUUUUGGUUUUCGUUUUCAGGAAACAGAAACGAGUCAAAAGGAGAUUUAGGCGGUGUUUCGGAGCUUUGAUUGUUUCAUCUGAGAUUAUCUUCGUGUGGAUUUCUUGAUGUUUUUGGUGUCUUCUCUAAUGGUGGGUUUUGUUUUCUGAAACUAGGGUUUCGUCUAUCCACUUCUUUCGCUUCAGGAAGUGUGGGCAUUUGAGCGUGUGGGGGGCUCUGGAGCAAUUGUAACUGUUUGUGAGGGUGAUUUUCCUUUUAGAAGGGUAAGUUUGACGCAACAAUGUCAUCGCAAUAUCCAGUUCUUGACAACCGACCAAUUGAUCAGUGGAAGGUUACAGAGUUAAAAGAAGAGCUUAAGAGACGGAAAUUGCCAGUAAAGGGGUUGAAGGAGGAUUUGAUAAAGCGGUUGGAUGAAGCCCUUCGCAAUGAAAAGGAAACUGGUGAAGAGGAAGUUGACAAUGGUUUUAGUUCUGAUCCUAAACCUGAGGUUGAGGCAGCUGAUUCUGGGUCUGUGUUCACUGUUGCAUCUCCCACAAGUAUGGAACCUAGUGAGAGCAAAAAUGAGAUGAUGGAUGGAAAUUUAGUGCAAGCUGAUGUUGAUGAGAGCCUAGAGGCAUUGCAUCAAGGGAAAGCUCAAGAAGGCGAAGUGGCAGCUGGUCCUGAUUCUGGUGGCGACGAGGAAUCGGUUCAUGCAGCUUCUGUGGGGACCAGUGACAAGGUUAGUGAGAGUGCAGUCUUGGAAGUAGGGUUGAGUGAGCAAGAGUUGCAGGACAUUGAAAUCCAGAAGGAGAAUGGAGAUUCAAAGGCCCAGCUGAAGAUAGAGGAUUCUAAUGUCCAGGUGGUGAAUGAGGAUCUGAAGCUCCCCAUGGAAACUGAAGACUCAAAGCCUCCACAUGAGGAGGAUCCGGAGCACCACAUGGAAACUGAAGAUUCAAGGCCUGCACAUGAGGAUGCCAUGCUCGAGUCGUCUGUUCCAAACAACCAGGUAUCUGAGGUCAGCCCUGUUUUAGGGAUUCAAGUAAAAUCUGAUUCUAUUUCUACUGAUUCUGUGUCAAUUAAUGAAAAGAAUGAACUAAAGGAUAAUAUAAUUGCUGAUAAUGUCAAAUUAGAACUAGAUAAUGUUAAGCCGAUGUUGGUGCAACCAUCAUCUAGCAAUGUGGUACGGGAUGAUGGUGAAUCACCUCCGAUGGAUGGUGAAGAGCCACAUGAGAACAAGUAUUCCAUUCAAGAGAUAGAUGUCAACAAUGCGGCAAAUGCUGAUACAAUCAAGAAAAAUGAUAGUGCAGAAGUGGGGUACUCAGAAAAAUUAAACCUAGACAGAAGUUCUGGCGAUGAUUCCAUGGAAGAAGAUGUGUUGGAUGUUAAGCAAAUUGAUUCAAAGUAUAAUUCUGAUGGAAUGGGAGAUAGAAAUGAGCAAACUGAUACGACUGUUGUGAAGGAGGAAAGUUUUGUUGAUGUUGUUGGCGAUGUUUCAUCUGCUGGUGAGAAAAGAAUUCACAUUGAUAAUAAGCAUGGUCUUCCUGCGCCCACUGUGAAAAGAAAGCUUCCUGAUCAAGAAACUGGGGGAAACAGUGAGCUUUCAAAGAGGCAACGCAGGUGGAACUCUGAAAAUCUGAAAGUUCCUGAACCAAAAAGCUCUAAUCUAACACCUUCUACUACACCUAAGGACACAAUUCAGGCUGUCAUGUCAAAACGGAACUUGUCAAGAUCUGAUUCUACAAUUUCUGAAGAAGCACCAAAGGAACGCAUUGUUCCACCAUCACAAAAAUCUGCUACUAAUUCCCUACGAAUAGAUCGGUUUUUGCGCCCAUUUACACUAAAGGCAGUGCAAGAACUUCUGGGCAAAACUGGGACUCUCUGUGAUUUCUGGAUGGACCACAUCAAAACCCACUGCUAUGUCGCUUACUCAUCUGUCGAAGAAGCCAUAGAGACACGAAAUGCUGUGUACAACUUACAAUGGCCUCCAAACGGUGGACGCCUUCUGGUAGCUGAUUUUGUUGACCCACAGGAAGUAAAAAUGCGUUUGGAGGCUCCCCCUCAGACUCCGCCUGCGCCUGUUAGUGCUGGUCCUCCUGCAGCCCCAGCAAUACCACCCGUGCACCAGCCCUCCCCACGUCAUCAGCAUCUCAGACAGCAGCUUCCACCCCCACCACCACUCCCACCUCCACCACCUUUGUCUAAUCCACCUCCAGCAAGGGAGCGGCUUCCUCUUCCGCCUCCACCUCCCCUCCCUGAGAAACAAGACCCUCCAAUUGUUACUCUAGAUGAUCUGUUCAGGAAAACUAAAGCAACUCCUCGGAUCUACUACUUGCCUCUGUCUGAAGAACAAGUUGCAGCAAAACGCCGCACCCUGGGCCAACACACCAAGCAGUAGGGAUCAGGCGCCAUAACUUAACGCCUGGCUGCUCUUCAUAAUUUUCCGUGGAUUGGUGAUUAUGUAUGAUAACCCUAAGCAUCAAUUGCAUCUUGGCAGGUCUGCAGAUAUUGCUUCUGGGAGGUAUUUAUCCAGCCGAAGUUUGUGCACAUGGACAAUGUUCCUUGUGGAUUUGGUUUCAAAAGACUGAUUUGGGUUUGUGGCUGAGUUUUAAAUUUUAGGGGUUAGAACAACCUAUAGCCUUGCUGUGGGUGGAAGGACUACUUUGGUUGAAAUGUUUUCUUGAUCAAACCUGAAAUUCCAACCUGAACUUGGAUUGUUAGAACCCAGCGCCUGGAUGCUUUUUUCAUUGUUAGAAUAUAGCUAUUCAGGAUUAUUUUUUCCCCAGAUUAAUCUUUCCUAAUUUCAAUUUAUGAGUUGCUGAAA